GGGUUUAUAUAAAAAAAAAAGAAGCCAUUGGAAGCCGCCGCAACAUCGUUUCAUCUUUCUUUUUCGAGUCACUAAAACCCUCGAAAACACCUAACCCUAAUUUUCGUCUUCUCCUCGAUGGAGGCCCGAUCCUUGGCGAAUCCGAGGACACAAGACGAGUUCAAGUAUAAAAGCAGGUUGCUGGAGUUUGCUCAGAGAGCAUCGAUUCCCUUACCGGUUUAUCAAACAUGUAAUGAAGGAUCUCUACAUCGCCCAUUGUUUAGGUCAUCUGUCAUUGUUGAUGGGACGAAGUUUGUAUCUCCGCAUGUAUUUCUGAGGCAAAAAGAAGCUGAGCAGAAUGUAGCAAAACUCUCUCUCGAUAGCGUUUUAAGUAAGAUGAAGCUGGAAGGAAUCUCACUGAUUCCCGAUGAUACUACAUUUUACAAGACUAUCCUCCAUGAGUAUGCAGCCAAGAUGAAAAUAGAGCUGCCUAGAUAUACAACCUCCAAAUCAGGGGCACACUUUUCAACAUUUAUUACUUCUGUGUUCUUUGACGGAAAAACUUAUAAAGGUGUUCCAGCUAGGAGCAAAAGAGAUGCUGAGCAGCUUGGAGCUCGCUCUGUUGUUGACUGGAUAUUAGGUAAAUCUGAUAGGAGCAUUGUUAUGGCUGAGAUUAUUAAGUCAAAGGGCAAAUUCUUUGAUGCAUUUAGUAGUGGCAAUGGUUCAUUUGUGCCACAUGAUGAUGAUAUGCCCUUGAAAACGACUCUUGAUAAUCAACAUGGUUCUAUUGUUGCCUCUGAAAAAGACAUGCAUGCUGGUUCAACUGCACCACAAAACAAUAUUGUUCUCUUAAAUGCAUCUUUUGCUAAUCAUCCUGGUCAUAGCAAUGGCAAGGAAAACAACAUGCAUGUUUUAUCAAGAAGUAGUAACCUACCAGUUCCUGCAGGAGUUCACCCGACACUACCAGCCACGGUAGAAAAUGCCAAAGAAAAAACUCGACAAUGGAACAACCAACCUCAAGGCUCAACAAAUGAACAUCUCUACUAUGCCACCAGUGAAUCUUGCCCUCCACAGGAUAAUAUAUUUUGCAAAUCUAUCCUCUAUGAGUAUGCAGCUAAGAUGAGAAUGGGGCUGCCAACAUAUACAACUUCCCAGUUAGCGGGGCUGUUUCCGACAUUUAUUUCUUCUGUUGUCUUUGACGGGAAAAUGUAUGUAGGUGGUCCUGGAAGGAGCAAAAAAGAGGCUGAACAGUUUGGAGCUCGCACUGUUAUUGACCAUAUAUUGGGUGAAUCUGAUAUGAGCACUGUUAUGACUGAGGUUAUUAAGUCAAAGGGCAUACUAGUUGAUGCAUUUAACAGGGGUAGUGGUCAAAUUGUGCCGCAGGACGAUAAUAUGCCCUUGAAACUAACUCUUGAUAACCACUCUGGUUAUACUGCUUUGUUUGAAAAUGGCAUGCAUGUUUUACCAACAAAUGACAAUCUCCCAGUUCCUGCAGCAGAUCACUCUAUACUACCAACUAUAGAAAACCCCAAAGGAAAAACUGUCAGAAAGAACAGUCAACCCGAGGGCCCAACAAGUGGACAUCUCGGCCGUGUCUCCAAUAAUUCUUCCCCUGCACAGGUAAUUGGAGUUGAAACAGAGGUUGUGUCAGAUGAUCAAGCAAGGCUGUCAGGUCACAUGCAGAUCCCAGGUCCCAGCAACAGCAAGAAACGCUCCCGCAAGAACAAAAAACACGGUGCUUCCAAGAUAAUGCGAACCCUUCCUUAAGAGAACAAACAGGACUAUGGUUCCAAUAAAAUGCUAUAGGACAAAUGAUUCAGUUUUGGAAUGCCAAGGAAAGCUUUUAAGCUCUGCUUCAGCUGUAAGUUGUUGACAUGAUGCAUGUGUUGUUUUACAUAUGAAAAAAGUUGUAUCCUGAUCCUAGCUGCUUUAAUUAGAUUAUGACCAGCUUUAAUAUCUUAUUAACCCCAUGCAACAUGUUACCAGUAUGCAGUAUAAUUAUCAAGUUAGCUAUAUCGUUGCUGUUCCCAAUAUCCAACGAACUUAUGUAAACGACAUUCAACUGUCACUGGCUGGUGUUCUCUAUUCUUGUAUGAUAUAAAUUAUCCUUAGUUUUCAUCUCAGGUUCAUUGUUCUGUUGGCUGGAGUUUCUUUUUACUGGAUGAGCUUGUUUUCUUUGAA